GUAUCGAAUCGGAGGAUUAAUGUCGGACCAUAUUUCUAUCCAUUUUGAACUAGAUUUUAUUUAGAGUCUAAAAAAUUGUGAAGAAACAUUACCAACCGGACAGUUUUUCUGUGUUUCGCAAAAACAAAACAAAUCACCAGUGUGAAAGUGUGUGUUUGCGUAGAUACGAAACAGAGGUCGACUAAGUCGCAACUCGCAAGCAAUAGAGAGCGAAGACAUAGCCAAGCGACGUCGUGGCCCCGUCCUCUCGUCAAGCAGAUCUUCGUCCACGGGCGGCAUGGAUGGCCCGAGAGGCCUCGCGCCGGGGCGCGGGCGCGGGCGUGGGGAAGGGUGGACGGUGCCGCCGGAAUGGAUCGGCGGUUCCGGGUCCGGCCAGGGCGCCGUCCCCGAUGGCUCGUGGAGUUACAGCUGGGGGUGGACAUCGGGGCCCGAAGGUGGCUGGGGCUAUGGCCACGGCUCGGCGCAGGGCCCCCGCGGCGCUGCAGACGGGUUUGCCUACGGCUACGGCGGCAGCGGUGGUGGAGGAAGCGGGCGUGGCGGAUUUGAAUUCAGCUUCGGUGGCCUAUCUGGCGGUUUUGGCUGGCGAGCCGGUGGCGGGCCGUUUGGGGUUGGAGGAGGCCACGGCAGCUGGAGCGCGCGCGGUGGUGGGUUCGGCGGCGGCGGGAGGCAGCGGCCACCGCGAGGCCGCGGACGUGGCAGCAACUGAAGAAGGCCGAUUAGCAUCUGGGAGCAUAGUCUAUACUGGUUGUGGCAUCAUGGCAUGAAUGACUGUACCCGUAACAGUAAUCAAUACGCCUUUGCUUCAAACUGUGUUCAACAGUUAACACUCUUCUAAUAUAUAUUACUCCAUCUGUUUUUUAUU